UCAAUAUUCAAAUUAGUUUUAUUAGUUAACUCUUGGAAUCCAGAAGGCUUAUAUACAGUAAAACAGACCCACUCAAGGUCAAAUUUGAUCUCAGUGUGUUGCAGUUUUGGUUCUUUCCAGGUAGUAGUUGAUAUAGCCUUGCUGUGUUGAAUUUUUCUCUUAUGCCUCAAUGACAGCUUACUUUGUUAAUGAUUCAUUGAUGCUGCACACUGACACUUCUGUAAUUUAUUUCAGUAAGAUAGCCCCUAGUGAUGUGCUUCAAUUAGAUAUCAGAAGCAAAGCUUUGUGUUUUGUCAAAACUCUUAUGACUUUAACACUUGAGUGCUGUGCACUUUGCUGUAUAUACAGCAAAUUAAACCUCAAAGAAAAAUAUUAAAAGGGAAAAUAAAGUCAGUUACAUGUAAGACAAAAAUAAAAGUUAAAUCAUAAUCCUGUCAUCUUAAGUAUUUUAGCCAUUGUACCACAUGACAGAGAAGAGAAUCAGGAAUUUGGUCCAAAGGAAAAGUUAGAGUGGGGAAGAGGUAGAAAUAGCAUAACCCAAGCAAUGCAAGUACACAAGAAUGCAUGACAGGGACUUCUGUUUUCCAGCUUCACAUGGAAGGAGCUUAGAAGUUGCCAGUAAAAAAAGCUGAACAAACGUCAACAACCUUUCUUGGAUACAGAUGACAGUGGACGACACAGGACAGACUGCUGCCCCCAAGACUGGAGAGACCGACGGGCAAAUACAGGGAUCUGUGGCUUUACUGGAACAGAGGCAGCCACCACAGGAGCCAGUGCAGGGACACCAAACCCCAGAUCCAGGAAGCUCAGAGAACACCAAGCAAGAUAAAUGCAAAGACAACAAAACAAAACAAAACUAUAGCUAGGCAUACAUUCUCAAACUACAGAAAAUCAGAGACAAAAAAUCCUGAAAGAGGCCAGAGGAAACAAAGAUAUGAAUUACAUCUGACUUCUCAGAAACCAUGCAAGCAAGAAGAGAGUGGACUGAAAUAUUUACAGUGUUGAGAGAGAGAGAAAAAAAAACCCCACCAACUUGGUGAAGGAGAAAUAAAGACUUUCUCAGACAAACAAAAAUUGAGGUAAUUUGUUGCCAGUAGACCUGCCUUCCAAGAGAGUUUAAAAGUUCUUUAGAGAGAAGGAAAAUAAUAUAAUUCAGAAACUCAGAUCUACAUAAAGAAAGGAAGAAGGAAUCCAAGAAGAAGUAAGUGAAGGUGUUCCUGUCUUUUCUAUGAAUUUCACUCUCUGUAGUCUUCACCAGCAGCUGUGGUUUAAUCAUUCAGUAAAAGAGAAGAAUCAUUAACUAGGAGAAAAUGUCAAAUCUAAAAAUGAAAGAGGCAGCCCUUAUCUAUCUUGACAGAAGUGGAGGCCUCCAAAAGUUCAUAGACAAUUGCAAAUCCUACAGUGAUUCAAAACAAAGUUAUGCUGUCUAUCGAUUCAGUAUUUUAAUAAAUCCCUCUGAUAUUAUUGAGUUGGAUGCUGAACUUGGAAAUCAUAUUUUACACCAGCCUUUAAAAGCUGCUCAAGUUUUUCAAUCAGUCUGUUUUAUUGCUGUUAAGACUCUCUCAUUAAUUGAACAAUUACAGACUGAAGCUCAAAUUAAUAUACUGCUGAAGUUAACACAUUUACCUCCUCUGCCAAGUUAUAGUCUUGAUCUUUGUGAGUUUCCGCUUGAUUAUACAUCUCAAAGAUUUUAUAUGAUGCAAGGAAUUGUGAUUGCAAUGACAACUGUAACCAAGUAUACACAAGGUGCAAGAUUUCUUUGUUCAGAUGAAGCAUGCCCUCUUUCAAAAGGAUUUCAGUAUAUAAGAGUGCAUGUACCUGGUGCUACAGAGUCUGCAACAAUAAGAAAUGACUUUUUGUGUAAUCUAUGUUCAUCUUCACUUCAAGAAGACAGAAAAUUUAGAGUACUUGGUGAUAAACAGAUAGUUGAAAUAAUUACCACAAAGGCACUUCGUGCUUUUCAAGGAUAUUCUAACAACCAGCCAUUUAGGUUUCAAUCUCUCACAGUCUUCCUCAGAGAUGAAUUAGUGAAUGAAAUGAAUAUAGGAAAUGAGUAUAAGAUUAUUGGAAUUCCAACCUGUGUAAAAACAUCACAAACUGCUCUCUGUAUAGAGGCAAAUAGUAUCACUUUUUUCAAUCCAAAAGUUCCUUCAGGAAUUAGCGACAAUUUCAGGUGUCUCCUCUCUUUGACUUCCAGCUCGUACUGGAAGUUUACAGCAAUACUUGCCAAUGUCUUUGCAUCACAAAUUGUUCCUCCUGGGACUUACAAUUUGCUCAAGCUCUGUUUGUUGAUGAGUCUAGUACAGACAAGUGACCGUAACAAGGAACUGGAAGAUUGCCUGGAUCUUUUAAUUAUAACAAGUGAUAUUCUACUCGUAGACAGGCUUUUGAAUUUUAGUAUAAACCUUGUGCCCCGUGGUAUACGUCAUCCAGUCUCUACUGAAAUUUUUCCUACUCUAUCCAGGAAUAAGUAUGGAACUGGAGCAGUUAGCAUUCAAGGUGGCAGUGCUUUGCUAGCUAAAGGUGGUAUCUGCUUUAUAGGAGACUUGGCUUCACACAAAAAAGAUAAGCUUGAACAGCUUCAAUCAGCUGUGGAAAGUAGAAGCAUCACAGUAUACAUCUCGGGAAAGAAGUUUGGGGAUGAUAUGGAUCAGCAAAUGACUUUUCCAGUUCAGUGCAGUUUUUGGUCUUUUGUUGAUAUGGAUUCAUCUUCAAGAAGAAAUGUACAGAAAACCAAUACUCUAAUUGGUCAGAUGGAUUGCAGUUUGAUUCCAGCUAAUCUCAUAGAGGCAUUUGGAUUAUUGAUUAACUGCAAUGAGUCAUCUCCUUGCCACCCACUUCUUCCUACUGUGCAACAUACUUUAAAGAAAGCCAUUGAUCCUGAAGGGCUGCUUUAUGUAGCUUCUAAACAGUUCACAACUGAAGAUUUUGAAAAGCUGCUUGCUUUUGCAAAGAAUUUGAAUGUUGAUUUCAGCUUGGAGGCAGAAAGAAUGAUUCAUGGCUAUUACCUAGCAAGUCGCAGAAUCAGAACAGAUUCUAUAUGUGGAUCAAAGCUGUCAGCAUCUGCAUUAAAAUAUUUAGUUUCCCUAUCUGAAGCCCAUGCUCGACUGAACCUAAGGAAUAAAGUGCUUAAAGAAGAUGUACUUAUUGCAGCCUUAUUAUUUGAAACAUCUCUAACAUUGAAAUAUGGGGCCGCUGUACUUUGGGUUGCUCCAAAUGCAGUAUUUCCAUUUGAACUGUAUAAUGAAGAAUAUUUAGAGCAAAGGGAUAUCUAUCUGACUGAGUGCCAACAACAGCUCCAACAGUUUAUUGCCACAUAUGGACCUGGGACAGCUAUCUUUGCUAGCGAUGAAUAGGCAAUCUGAGGAAAUUUUUCCUUCAUUCCUUUUUAAGCAGUGGAAAAAAGUGUGAGUGAUUUUCAAGUAAUGCUUCAGGUAAUCUUGUGUGUAGGGGUACAUUAGAAUGCCACCUUAAAAAAUAUAAAAUAUGAUUUCUUCAAAUUAAUUGCUAAUGGAAUAAACACUAAUACAAAUCUCAAAGCCAACAGCAGAAAUUUAUAAUUUAGGAUAAUCUUAUUAAAAAAACUUCUGGUUAGCCCAGUGUACCAGUGGUCCACAGAUUAAAAUAUAAAGAAUGUUGCAAACUAAGCAAUGGAAAAAAAAUAGUAACUUUUGUGUAGUUCCCUCUAUUUGUCACAAGAUGGCAAUAACACUUUAAAUAUUUACUUACAAAGUAAAACCAUUUUUUUCUUCAUUUGUGAACCUGAAAAAUUGAUGAGUAAAUAACAGCAUUUAUAUAAUCAGAAGCCUUCAGUGUAAGGACUUUUCAUGCUAGAUACUGACAUGUCUAUUAUGUUGUUUUAGAAGCCCUAAUUAUGGGAUCAGGAAAAGCCCUGGAAAUUUUCCAUUUUUAAACCAGGUUAAAUGAAAAGAAGUUCCAUUGAAUCAAGGAGCAGUAAUUGGCUCCUUAAACCUAACUAGUUACAAGAAAGGUACCAAAAGCCAAAGAAACCAAUUUGCAAACCGUCUUCAUUUUUGGAGGGAAGAUAUCUGCUCUGAAAAGGUAGGAACACCGUGCAAAAAUAUACUUAUCUUGUAAAAUCCCCAAAUCCUUGUUUUUAUUUUCCAAAGUUUUAAUUAAAAAGACAGUUCUACUCACUAAUAGGAAAAUGUCAUCACAAAAUUGCCACCUUAUUAACCAAGACACUGUCAUGCAUCAAUUCUUUAGAAAUAGGUACUUCAUGGAGUUUAACUGUGAAGGCAGACAGCUCUCUCACUCUCUAGAGGACUUUUUAACAAGUCACUUACUUCUUUCUUUCCUUGCAGUUCAUUCAACAGUAUUUACUGAAUAUCCACUAGUGCCAGAGACUAUACAGUGUUGUUUUCAGAAGGCAAACCUAGUCUAAAAAAAAAAAUCAUAUAUUACAAAUUAAAGACCUUAUUUUGUGGCUUCUUAUAUACUAUAUUUCAGUUUUUUGUUCUCUAUGGUGUGAAGUCAAAACAUGUUUUAUAAAACUAGGAUCCAUAAAAUAGCCCCCAUUUUACAC